GGGGCCGAAGUUAGGGAGAUAGCUGAUAAGAAUUAAAGAAGAAACAACUAAUAAUUGCGAUUUGCGAAGCUCCUCUCGCCCAUAGCUAUAGAUUUCACAUUUUGAUUAUCGGUACUAGAGUUUCAGACGCCGCAGAGUCUCUCUCUCUCUCUCUAGAUAUAUAUUUGGUGUAUCUAUCUAUUGAUGCAGCAGCUAUGUACAACUAAAGGAGUGCACGGUACAACCUUCUUAUGCUGAGGUUAUGAGCAGCGUAUGAGAAAACAACAAUGGGCGUAUCAUGCGGCAGCUAUCUCCGGGACACGUGGAGCCGCGCAGCCGACCGAUGUUCCCGCCUCUUCCCCUGCUUUUCCGACCCCGCCCGACGAUCUGCUUUUUCUCUGAAAGUAGCUUUGGUGGUGCUGCAUAUAGUGUUUGCCGGAGUAUUGUUUUUAUUCGACCGUGAUUUAAUUGAAAAGACCAAACACGAACCAUGGUACACUGCUAUGUAUGCGUUAUUGUUUGUAGCUACACUGGUUCAGUAUUUUGUUACUGCUGGAACAUCUCCUGGCUAUGUACUGGAUGUUCAGAAGGCUAUUGAUGAAAGAGAUGCUGCAGCUAGAAGGACAUUAUUAGCCUCAGACAUUCAGAAGGCUGUUGAUGAUAGAGAUGCUGCUGCUAGAAAGACAUUAUCAGCCUCAAAACAACCAGCAUCAAGCAAAAAUGGCGAUGUUGUUAUCACUGUGGAUGGAAGGAACAAUCGCAGAGGAAAUGCAACUGCUUGGACUAAGUUAGUUAUGAGUUUGUUUCCGCAAGGGUCAUCAACUACAAGUUUGACCUGCCCUUACUGCAACAUCCUUCAGCCUCCACGAGCUAAGCAUUGUCAUGAUUGUAACAAGUGCAUUCUUCAGUUUGAUCAUCACUGUGUUUGGCUUGGAACAUGCAUAGGCCAGGGAAAUCAUUGUCGUUUUUGGUGGUAUAUAUGUGAAGAAACCGCCUUGUCCCUUUGGACUUGCAUACUGUACAUUGGAUACCUCAAGUCUAACAUAUUGAAGGCAUGGUGGGCAGAUAUAAUAUUGAUUAUGCUCUUGGCUGCUCUGUCAAUUUCUCUAAUAUUUCUGAUGCUGCUGCUCCUUUUUCAUAGCUACCUUAUCAUGACUAAUCAAACCACGUAUGAGCUUGUGAGGCGGCGGCGAAUUGUAUAUUUAAGGGGGAUUCCUGAGAGAGUGUAUCCAUUCAACGAAGGAGUUUGCAGGAAUUUGUACCUAUUCUGUUGUGCUCGAAGCAGCAGCAGCAUGUACAGAUUGGAAAGACUACCAACACCUCAAGAACUUGAGGAGAAGUCCAGACCUUAUACAUGCUACGAUGUUCUAUCGUGUCGUUGCUGCUGAUGGAAUGGAACCCAUCUUUGUAAUUUCAAUCCAUGUAAGAUGCAAACUGAGGAAUCUCACACUGCAGACAUUAUAUUGCCAUUUGAUUCUGUGUUGGCUUAUUGCAUGAAUGAGGAAUUUCCCAAAGUUUUGCUGAUCAA